AUAUACACACACGUGUAAGCACAGAAACCGAAUUAACUCUCUUGUCUUCUUUUGCUUAGGCCAAAAUGGGUACGCUGAGCAGUGAAGAAAGAUCCGAAAUCGCCUUCUUCGAUGUGGAGACGACGGUGCCGACCCGACCCGGACAGGGAUUUUCCAUCCUGGAGUUCGGAGCCAUCCUUGUAUGCCCCAGGAAACUGGAGGAGCUGCACAGCUACUCCACCUUGAUCCGACCCUCCAACCUCUCUCUCAUCUCCUCCUUUUCCGUACGCUGCAACGGCAUCACCCGGGAGGCCGUUGCUUCCUGCCCGACCUUCCGAGAGGUCGCCGACCGGGUCUACGACAUUCUCCACGGACGGAUUUGGGCAGGACACAAUAUACUGAAGUUCGAUUGUCCACGAAUACGGGAGGCAUUUGCAGAGAUUGGUAGGCCAGCACCAGAGCCAAAGGGCACAAUUGAUUCGUUGGCGUUGUUGACUCAGAAGUUUGGAAGGAGAGCUGGUGACAUGAAGAUGGCCACUCUUGCGAGUUAUUUUGGGCUUGGACAGCAAACUCACAGGAGCUUGGAUGAUGUUCGGAUGAAUCUCGAAGUUCUCAAGUAUUGUGCGACAGUUUUAUUCUUGGAGUCAAGCCUGCCGGAUACAUUCACGGCAAACAGUUGGGUUUCUCCAAAUGCUACUGCAAGCAGUCACAGAAAUGCAAAUUCAUCUCCAGAUGGCGUGAGCCUAUACAAGAAUAUGCCCUCAUCAAGUUCCACGUUAAAAAAUGAUCUGAUGCUAUCUCAAACAAAUAAACAAAAGGUGGAAACUCGUCCGAUAUCAUCACCUAUGACUCACAGCAUCGCAGAAGAUGUUGAACCUAAUACAUCUCGACAAGAUCCUUUUGACAUGGGCCUGCUAAGGAUUGAAUCUGAAUCCCUUCAAACCAACACCACCAUGGAAGGAAUGCUGGAGUCUUCUGAGAUUACUUCCACAGCUCCCAUCUCCAGUGGUUCCUGCAACUCAGGGGGCUUUUUAGAGCCUGAUGAAGUUUCUAUUUCUGCUAUAGGUGCAUGUUUUGUUCCAUUUCAUUGUGGGAGUCAAAAGAUACAAUUGCUGCAUAAAGGUGCCAUUUUGCAACUUUGUUGUACUCGGUUGAAAGUGCGGUUUGGUUUAAGUACAAAGUUUGUUGAUCAUGCUGGCCGACCGCGUUUGAACUUUGUGGUUAAUGCAUCACAAAGUUUAUGUAAGGUUCUUGAUGCAUGUGAUGCAAUAGCACAGAAGCUCUCCUUGGAUUCUGGUAGCAGCUCUGAAUGGAAGCCAGUCGUGACCAGGAAAAAUGGCUUCAUUAACCACCCUACAGUGAGAUUGCACAUACCAACCGCUGAAUGUGGGGAUACUGCUGUUUAUGGGACUGAGAUGUAUCAAAAAGAAUCAUCCGGUGCGGUUCAAAGGCUUGUGUUCAGUAAAUUUGAUGCAGAAGAGCUUGAUACUAUGUUCACUUCCGGGACCUUUGUGGAUGCUUUCGUUUCCUUGGAUGCAUAUGAUUAUCUGCAAAAUGCUGGCAUUCGCUUGGUGGCCAAGAAAUUGAUUAUUCAUUCUAAUUGAUGGGAGAAAAAAAGAAUCUCCGAUAUUUUUAGGAGGGUCAACUGUCAGAGUAUGUAAAAAGAAUUGCACUAAUGCACGCUAACAUAUACAGAGAUUUUCAUGCAAAUAAAUAAGGUUAGGAUGGGAAGGACAUGACUAUUAUUAAUUGACUUUGAAAUGUAACUGCUAUAUAUUUAUUUAGAAUUUUAAUUUGAUACA